CCUUUUGCCAUCGCUACCACCCAUCCACACAUCAACCACGAUUCAUUGCUCUCCAUGUCUCCCCACGAUCGGUCCGAGGAGGAUAUUCACCGGCCGCUCUUGGCUGACUCCCGAGGGGCGGAACCCGGCCCCGAAUCCAGUUCCGCCCAGGACGGCCGCUUCACUCGGAAUCUCGGAGCCAUCGAAGCCUUUGGCAUCGUCAUCAGUAUUGUGAUCGGAAGUGGCAUUUUUACCUCUCCAGGUUCCAUCGACACCAAUGUGCCAUCCCCAGGAGUCGCGCUGAUCGUGUGGCUGGUGGGGGGAAUGCUGGCCUGGACGGGUGCCAGCACCAUGGCCGAGCUGGGCACCGCCAUUCCCGGCGAAGGAGGCGUUCAGCCUUAUCUCCGAUACAUCUUCGGUGAUGUUUUCGGCUUCCUGGCGGCCUGGACAUGGAUCAUUGCCGUCAUGCCCGCCACCCUCGCCAUCCUCAGCAUCGUGUUCAUCGAAAGUCUCUUCUCUGCGGCAGGCGUGACUGACCAGGCCGGGAGUCUUUCCCAUAAGCUGCUGUCUAUCCUCGUCCUGCUGGCGAUCGGGGUGGCCAACUCCAUCAGCACCAAGGUCAGCACCCGCCUGAACGGCUUCUCGGUUACGACCAAGUUUCUCGCCAUUGCAGGCAUCGUGAUCGCCGGGUUGGUGGUCGUCAUCCUGCAAGUGUCGGGCAUCAAUCGAGAUGCCGGACCGAAGGACUGGCUCAACCACUCCUGGUUUGGAUCCAGAAACACCUGGACCCCGGACGGUCGGGAGAUCGACUGGAGCUCCAUCGGGGGGUGGGAAUCGCUUGGGUAUUAUUCUGCUGCGCUGUAUGGGGCACUUUGGGCCUAUUCCGGUUGGGAUAAGGCGAUCUACAUCACUGCAGAACUCUCUGCACCCGCCCGUCAGCUCCCGCUCGCCAUCAAUACCGCCAUUCCCAUCAUCAUUCUUUGCUUUCUUGCAGCUAACACUGCCUACUAUAUCCUCCUCCCAUGGAAGAUCGUGUCGACCACCGACAGCGUGGCUGUGACCGCCAUCACGCACCUCCUCGGCCCCGUGUGCGGUAUCCUCGCUGCAAUCUUAAUCUGCCUCGUUGUUGCCGGCUCUCUGCUCGGAAACUCCUUUGUGGCCGGUCGGAUGAUUGUGGCCGCCUCCAAGCUGGACUGGUUCCCCCGGUCCCUGGGGGUGCUCGGGUACGUGGGGAUGCCUCCCGACCCGGAACCGCCUUCCCGCGCGAGCGCGCGAUCGGACGCGCCCAUCAACGCGACCAUCCUGGCUACUCUCCUACCCAUGCCGUACUUGCUCUUCGGCAACUUUCGCGCACUUGUCACUUUUAAUGGACUGGGAGAGUAUUCCUUUUUCUUCCUGACUGUCCUAGGGGCUGUUAUCCUGAGAUUCCGGCAACCGGACCUGCGUCGGCCUUAUAAGCCUUUCAUUGCUAUCCCGAUCAUCUUCGCUCUUGUCAGUGGGUUUGUGGUGGUGCGAGGUGCUGUCUUUGCCCCGCUGCAGGCAGUGAUCUUGAUCUCGCUGUGGCUGGUUGGCGUGGGAUUCUACUACCUUCGGAAGAAGUUGGCGGAUAGGAGUGGAUAAACUUAGAAUGGAAUUAUUCCUAGAAUGGGAAUGUUUCAAAGCGAGGUGCUUCUGCUUGCUCUGUCCAUCCCAAGAGCUUUAGAAGGCUCUUUGCAAAUGAUAUGUUACAUAUUGGUAUGUUCACAACAUAUGAUUAUAACACUCCUUGCUAUAUUUUUAUAUUCUGCCACCAAAACCACAACUCUUGGCGCCCCCAUCCGCACCCGCCAGUCACCGCCCGCCCCCAUUUCCAUCCAACACAUGUUUCUCUCCCCUCUACCACCAAUCACGCAACCUUAGCACAGCACCUGGACACAUCCCUCCACAGCCUAAAAUAAAACAACCUCCCCCACAAGCCCCAGAAACUAUAUAAAUCCCAGCAUGUCCCAACCCACCACACCCAGCACAAUCCGCGUCGCCGUCGCCGUCUACGUCUUUAACAAACACGGCCAGACCAUCCUCGGCCUACGCCAGGGAAGUCUGGGCGCGG